CUCUAAAAGGCACAAUGGCUACUUCAAAAUCCCCUUUUGCCUCAGAAAAAGAGCAGUUAUAUGUGAUGGCCGAGAGAGAGAUGGAGUACAGGGUAGAGUUGUUCAACAAGCUGACCCAUACAUGUUUCAAAAAGUGCGUGGAGAACAAAUACAAAGAAUCUGAGUUGAACAUGGGUGAAAAUAGUUGUAUUGACCGAUGUGUUUCCAAAUACUGGCAGGUGAACAGUCUGGUAGGAGGACUUCUGGGUGGUGGUCGGCCUAUGUAAUUGUUGAUUUUACAAAAACAUGUUCUCAUGAUCUCUUUCACGGAUGAUGAAAGAAAGAGGACAAGAUUCAACAAAUAUGGAGGCACCGGAACCAGGGCGGAAUGGCUCUGUUAAGAAUCUCCAUUGCCGAUCCAAAUCAGAGGGAAGUUUAUCCUCGGAUCUACCCCCCGAGCAAAGACAAUUGUUCCAAGAGCUGAAUGUGGAUGAUACACUUGUGAAUGAUACGCAGGGUUCAUCUGUCAAAAAGAGGAAAUUGUAUCUUGAGCUGAAUGUGGCUGCACAAGAGUGGACUGUUUUGAGGUUGUUGAUUCCCACGAACGAUGAUGAUGCCAUUAAUAGUUUCAAGUGCCAGAUUCGUCAACUUGAAACUCAUUAUGAGAAGAAAAAUGUUGAAGUUGAUUUUUAUUCUGCAACUACUGGAGUUGGAGUUGUUAUGGUAUCAGCGAAAAGGGACUCUAGACACGCUGUUACUCAUGUUGUUAAUGCUUUUGAUGAGGUUCACCGAUAUUUUUUGCACACCAUGUCUAAUGAGAACUGCUUAACAAGACUACUUGUACCAGCUUCACAUGCAAAAAAGUUGAUUAUUCUCUACACAAUCAAGUCCGAUAAUCCGUGUCAACUUACUAUGUAUCUAACAGAUAACAUAUCAGUUUUUUUCCCUGGUGAUGUGAUCAUUGACGUGGAAGGAAACCGUAAGCAUGUGCAUGCGAGAAUUGAAUCGAUUGUUCCUUAUCUAGUAGAGUUUGCAGUUGAUGAGAGCAUGAUGUCAGAGUUUAAAGCUGGAAAUGGCAUUCGUCCAUCAUAUCCUAAAAUAUACACACCUGGAAAAGCACCCUCAUGCGUGAAAGCUCAAAGAGACUCUAUGGUUCAUGAGUCCACAGAAAUUCCUUUGUCGUAUAUUGAUUAUCUUAUUGGUGAAGAUGGUACAAAUAUUAAAAUGAUAUGGAAAUCAAGUCCGACGGCAUCUGUUUCCUUGAACCCGUUUACACUUAAAGAGGUGAUUAUUUCUAUAGAGGGUGAAGGUGAUUUGGAAGUUGAGGAUGCUCAGAAUGCAAUAGAGGUACAAUUGUGGAACGCGUUAUCUAUUGAACUCUAGAAUGAGAGAGGAGGCUAGUUGAUAAACAAUUUUAUUUAUUUAUUUGCAGGAUUUAAUUCCAGAUGAUAAAAAGAUAAACGGAAGGCGUGUUUUUGAGUCUACGAUGGAAAUGGAGGUAGGGUGUCAUAUGAGUUAUGAGUGUGCUUCCCCUACCCUUUCAGAGGGAGGGUGUAGUAUGGAUUUUGAUAUCCUUGAAGCAUAAAUUGAUUAUACCUGG